GCGUGCGCACCAACCAGGUCAGCCACGCUCUCCGGAACGACGCAACCAUCCUCCACCCGUUCCCCAAAACCAGCGGCACCACCACCCAUGGCUUCGGCGGCGGCGAGAUCCGGGCUCCGGUCGCUGGCGGCGCGCGCCAAGCCCGCCGCGCCGGCGAGGCGCCGGAUGUCCUCCUCCGUCCACGACGACGCCCAUGAGACUGCCAAGUGGGAGAAGAUCACCUACGCCGGGAUCGUGACCUGCACCCUCCUGGCGGCGUACAACCUCUCCAAGGGCCACCCCCACUUUGAUGAGCCGCCGGCUUACCCCUAUCUGCACAUCCGCAACAAGGAGUUCCCCUGGGGUCCUGAUGGCCUGUUUGAGAACAAGGACCACCAUUGAGUACUGAAUAGCACACUGUCAGAAGCCGGUGCAUGAUUUAAAAAGUUAUCUGGUUCUUCCAGUGGUUUUCUUUUCCAUGAGACCUAUUUGCUGCAACAAGAAAUAAGAACGAAGAAACUCUUGUGUUGACAAUCAGUUUUAACGUGUUAUUAGCUGUUAUCUGUCUUGUCUUUUCUUUUCUUCACAUCAGUGGUCACAGACAAUCAAGGCAAUUGUUUUGUCUUGCACAGUUUCAGGUAACAGUGUCAUCAUCACCGGAUUGUGCCUUGUGCUUGUUUAAAUUUCCCGCAUCAUUGUUGCCAAGCCGGAACAUAAUUGUCAUAUUCUGACCAAAAUGAGGAUGGGCUAUGUUAAAAGUUUAA